AUGAAAAAAAAAUCAAGUGAGAGCGAGAGGCCGACCAGGGCAGCACAAGACAGAACAGAGGCGCCAGGCCAGGCGCGCGUGCGGCCUGGAGCACUCGGCCUGCGCACCGUCGCCGUCGACGGCGCACAGCAAUCGGCGAGGGGGCGUACCCCACCGCGCCGCACGCGCGAGAAGCGGCUCAGACUAGCCGCGGUGGCAAGUCAGAGUGCAUAG